AUGAAGCAGUGGCCACUGCCUCGUGAACAGGCCACAGCGCUCGACAAAUUCUUUGCCGAUCGUUUAGCAGCGGGUCAUGUGAGGGAAUCAAAUUCCCUACAAAGCUCUCCGACCUCCUGUGUGCGAAAUGCCACAGGAGGAUGGCGGAUAGUGCGCGCGUUCAACAAAUUGAACGCUGCAACGGCACCAGCUCAAACGCCGAUACCGAGGAAGGACGUCUUCACUGAUGGUAUGGCAAAGAGUACCAUCUUUUCGUCCAUGGAUCUGAUGGAUGGACUCUAUCAGAUCCUUGUGCGUGAACGGGAUAUCCCUUUUACAUCAGUGAGCACCCCCAGUGGUACGCUCUGGGAGUGGCUAGUGAUGCCACAGGGGCUAAGUAACGCCCCUGCAGCGUUUAACAGAUGUGUUACGAAUCUGUUGCGAUCGGUGCGCAACUUCGCACCGAGUUGCUUCGACGAUGUCUUCGUCCAUAGCCGGGCUCAUGAUGGGAAGAAGGACGUGGAGGUUCUAGAAUCCACGUCCGGAAGGUUCUUACUCUAA